AUGGACCCUUGUACCACUGGUUUAACUUCAACUUCGACUAUUGAGAGUAAAACUGUUAUUAUAAUUACUUCUUGCCAUGAUGAUGUCUGCAUGCAAGUACCAAUUACUACAGGGGUCACCGUUAUUACCGAAGAAUACACCACCUACAUCACUUAUUGUCCAUUAUCAACCGAAGCUGCAACUGACAGUGCCAAUAACAAAAAUAGCGUUGAAGGUACAGUUGGAACCAGAACGAAAGUAGGUACCACCAUUGUCACCAUAACAUCAUGUGUUAACGACAAGUGUACUCUAGCAACGGUUACUACUGGAGUUGUAACCUUUACAGAGAACGAUACUGUUUACACUACUUAUUGUUCAUUACCUACAACUGCAACUACAGCUACUGGCACUGGUGGCUCAAAUGAAGAUGGUGUUAGCACAACAAAGGCCCACCAGACUUCAAGUGGAAGUGAAGGAAGACAUCAAAGUGCAAAGGAAAGUGGUGCUGUUACAAAUACCACGGCGGCUGCAAGUGUCAGUGGAACUCCAAAAGAAACAAAGACAUCUUCCACUACAAUUGCCGCUGCUAUUGAGACAAGAUACCACCACUAA